CUGCGGGCGAGUGUUGCAAAGUGGCGGCGAUCUAUCCGGGAGAGAGGCAGCAGGAAGCAUUAAAUUAUCUGCCUAGGGGAGGGUGGAGGGGGGGUGGAAGAGGACCUGUCUCCAGCUCCCAAGGGUGGGGAAAAAGGGGAGCACAGGGACUGAUCAUUUCACUGGGCUUGUGGAUAUUACAGGAGGCACUCGAGGAUUCAGCUCCCGAAGCAGACCCACAUUUCCCAUCCCCUCCACCCCAAACUCCUGUGCAGGGAGAGGGCUCCCGCCAUGAACAAGCUGAAGCAGAGUCUACGACGGAAGAAGCAGCCGUAUGUGCCUGAAGCGAGCCGCCCGCACCAGUGGCAGUCUGACGAAGAAUCGGUGCGCAAGGGCAAGUGUAGCUUCCCAGUCAGGUACUUGGGCCACAUGGAGGUUGAAGAAUCCCGUGGAAUGCACGUGUGUGAGGAAGCCGUGAAGAAAUUCAAAACGGCAGGGAAGAAGUCGGUGAAAGCCAUCUUAUGGGUGUCGGCUGAUGGUCUGAGAGUGGUGGACGAUAAGACCAAGGACCUCAUAGUGGAUCAGACGAUCGAGAAGGUUUCCUUCUGUGCUCCUGAUCGGAACUACGACAAAGCCUUUUCAUACAUCUGCCGGGAUGGCACCACCAGGCGAUGGAUCUGCCACUGUUUCAUGGCACUAAAGGACUCGGGGGAGCGAUUGAGCCACGCCGUGGGCUGUGCCUUCGCCGCCUGCCUGGAGCGGAAACAGAAACGGGAGAAGGAAUGCGGGGUGACAGCCUCUUUUGAUGCAAGCCGGACAAGCUUCACCAGGGAAGGCUCCUUCAGGGUGACGACCGCCUCCCAGCAGGCCGAGAGGGAAGACAACAUGAAGCAGCUGCAGGACAAGAAGAAAGGUGAGACGGUAGUGGGCAGUCCUGCCGCAGGAUCGGCAGCCCCCGCGCCCGGCAGCGCCUCGCCCCCUCAGGGGGCAGCCUCGCCCGUGGACAAGAGCGAGUCGAACCCCCAGCACGCCAUCCCCCGAAGGCACGCGCCGCUGGAGCAGCUGGUGAGGCAGGGCUCCUUCCGCGGGUUCCCCGCCCUCAGCCAGAAGAACUCACCCUUCAAGCGGCAGCUCUCCCUCCGCCUCAACGAGCUUCCCUCCACCCUGCAGAGGAAGACGGCCGAGUUCGAAGUCAAGAGCCCAGUGCCGGAGUUUGACUCGUCCCCCAGCAACGAAGCGGGCAACGUGGAGCCCCUCUGCCUCCAGGGUAACGCAGCCGUCCACAAGCCCCUCGCCGAUCCGUUCUCCAGCACGCCGGCCAGCUGCCUGGUCACUACGGGUGUUGCCACGCCACCCCCACACGCACCGCAGGGGGCCGGAGGAUGGGUGGACGUUGCUGCUGUCACCACCGUGGGCGGGCCCACUGUGCUGGGCUGCUCCUCCUUCCAGCCAAGCCACCGUCGGACGCCCUCUGAGGCCGAGCGAUGGCUGCAAGAGGUGGCAAAGGCAGCCCGGGCCCAGCAGCAGCCGGUUUCUGUGCCAGUGGGGCCUCCUGUCGUGCCUGUGGCCCUGGACGCGCCCACCGGCCUCUUCGGUCCACCGCCCCUGCAGCCGGCCUUUGUGCCCAUGGCAACCUUCCCGCCACCAGUUGGGGGGCUGGCCAAUGGCCUGACGUUCCCCGCCGCUAGCGUGCCCGUGGUGGGCAUCACCCCCUCGCAAAUGGUGGCCAAUGCUUUUGGCAGCGCCCAGGUUUCGCACGGCUCGCAGGCUUCCAGCGUCAAGGUCCCCUCCUUCCCGCCGGCCUUUGGGCUCACCUCCUCCUCCUCCACUCCUACUGCCAUCCUCCAACCCACUGCUGCCCGGCAACCCAACGGCACGGGGGCUGCCAUCUCCUGCCAGCCAGCCGCUGCUGCUUCGCUAGGCCAGGGACCCUGGCUGCCCGAGAACCCGGCCCAGGAGGCCGACCGCUUUGAAGCCCAGUGGGCCGCCCUGGAGUCCAAGAGCCAGCCGCGGGCCACCGCCCUGCCCACCAACCCCUUCACCGCCGACCUGCAGAAGACCUUCGAGAUCCAGCUCUGAGAGAGGCCCCGGCCCUGCCGUCCGAGCUGCAGAACCACUGAGAAGGAACACUUGGAAUUUCCUCCCACCUCUCUGCGCCAGGCGCCCAUCGAGAGAAGGCCAGCCCCACUGUCUGCGCCCCCACCCCCUCUGUGGAAGGUCCAGUACAAACCUUGAGCUGUGGGAGGAGACCCACCCCACCCACCCCUCCCUCCGCUUCUCCUCUCCCUCCUCCCCCCCCAUCCCUCCUCCCACCCUCAAGUAUCCCUUCUAAAUAGUGGCCUCACUGUAGUGAGAACGUUGGGCACACCCUUGGAAUCUGCGUGGGAAGCUUGAUCCCGGCUGGGCAGCAGCAACUGCAGCUUCCCGCUUCUCCACGCCCACCCCCCAUUAGCUCCGCCAUUCUGGGAACCGGUGGGCUGGGAUUCAUGCACUUAGACAGAAGCCUAAGUCUUUCCUUCCCUCCAAGCCCUGCCCCCACAUUCUUGCACCUUACUGCAGAAAUCUAGACAAUUCUGUCAGCUUUGAAAUUUCGCACAAAGAGAGAGCUUAUUUUCCUCUUUAAGCCCUCCUGGUGGCUCUUUUAAUCCUUUCAAAGAAUUUUAAAAUCCAGAUCACAUGCUGCCAAGUUAACUGCCUACCAAAGGCCCGAUCUGAGCUGAGCAGAGCCAGGUGAUUUCAUUGCAGUGUAUCCUAAGUGUGAAAGGGUUGAAGUUAGGAGGGAAGUAGAGGCUUCUGGCCUGUUGGCUUGUGGUUGUACAUCCACUGGCUUUGGAGCUAGGGUUAUCUGCUGGCAGGCUGGGGGUCUCCCAUGAUAGUUCUCCCAGGAGACAGGGCCAAAACAGAAACGGGCAACCAAUUUCCUUGUGGCUGUUUCUUUGGGAUGAAAACAGAACAUUGGAAAGGCUCGGUAACAGUGGGAAAGAUGAAAGACCAUUGUCCUGAGCCGAAAACUCUGCUUCUGUCCUACACAGAUGCUGCCUGAUCUGCUAAGUAUUUCUGGCAUUUUAUUUCAGAAUCUCAACAUCUGCAGAUUUGCUUUUUGAUUUUCAAUUUGCAUCUUUGAGAUUUGGCCCAAGUUAUCUCAGCCUGAUUUGGUCCGGCCUGGUGAUGCCCACUGAAGUCCAAACAUGCAGGUAGCUAUGGUGAUCACAGAUUUUGACCUCUGAGGCAGGAAAGUAUAUGACACUUUUCCUUUAAAAUUAAGAUAGUGUAGAGAUAUUCUAUAUUCUAAGGUAUUUUGGUAAAAAUAUAUAUAUUUACUAAGGUUUUUGACUUUUUUUUUAAAAAAUGACUCUCAGAGAAAACUUGACCACAACAUAAGUAUGGACUCUCCAAUUUCUGAAAAGCUAUGCAACUGAACACUAGACAUGGGAGACCAGCAUGGAAAGCCUCAGUCCAGUCCAGGGACCAGAAAGGCCCUACCUUCCUUCUAGCAUCCUUCCUGCUCUCAGGAUGUCCAAAAGCAGCCAACAGGAAGCCUGGUUGUUACUGUAAGGUGGGUGGUUGGUUGAGUGGAGAUGGUAGAGAGAAGGCCUGUGGUUUUUCUCCCCUCUAGUUUUGAGGAACGUGCCCAUUUGCUGUUCCCUCCUCAGCCAAUGCUUCACCAAGGCUUUCCUCUACCUCACAGAGUUAAAAUAGUUCACUUGUUCCUCCACCGUCUCUCGUUACCCCCGAAUGGACCAUAGUGUUGUGACAGCAAAUGGCCUUACUUAAUCCACUGUUAGUUUAAUCAUCGAGAUCAAAUUCCCCAGCCAGGGGUGAUAAGGAACACUUGGCCAGACUUCGAGUUAGACAAUAGACAAUAGGUGCAGGAGUAGGCCAUUCAGCCCUUCGAGCCAGCACAGUUACUCCCUGCUGAUGGAUCUCUCUUUAUCUACUAAUCCUUGGGCUUCCUCUGAGAGUCAGGAAUGAUGAGCAGAAUUCCAAAAUUUCAGUGUAUUUUAGAGUACAAAUAUUCAAAUAAGAGCCAAUAAACGACGCUAAAGGGUGUGAGACAAAGGAAUAAGGAUGGCACCUCAGAAAAAUCCAUCACUUUAAUAGAUAAGGGAAAUUCCUUAGAUAGGAAUAAACUAGUUAAUAGGCUACACGACUAAUUACAUCAUGUGGGUAAUUUUUAACCAAUAAAAAAAAAUGAGAAAGGUGAUAAACCGUUAAUUUAGCUGCUAUACCGUUUUCUGCCAGUGAGUGUGAAAAAUACACGAGUUUGUUAAAAAGUACAAUUCUUAUAAAAAGCAUUAUUUUAAAACAACAGUGGUUUCCAACACUGCCAAAACAAGGACCCUUGUAAUUGAGGGAACAAUGUGGAAUUAUGUGAUGCAAACUCCACUCAGAAACACAAUAGAAUCAACAGAAGUCCUUAUCCAAACAGGACAGACAUCAACCAAUAUACAAAAGACCAAAAACAGUGCAAAUAUGAAAUGAAAGAGAAAGAUAAUAAAUCAAUAUGCAACGAAUAGAAUAAUUAUAAUGCCUGUUGUCAUUACAUCAAGAGAGGUUCAGCUCACCCCAAAGGAAAUCCAGAUGUGAAUCCGAUUAACCACCCGUUAGAGUAGCAGCCCUGUGGUCUGAGAUGGUGUAACAGCCCAGGCAAGGAGAUGAUUCUUAAGGGGCAUCUCAUGGGAGGAGAGGUUUAGAGAGUGAAUUUUCUAAUUGUGGAGUAAUACUGCACAUUACAGGCCCCUCGGUCCACAAUGCUGUACCAGCCCUGCUCAUGAUCAGCCUCACCCUUCCCUCCCACACAGCAUUCCAUUUUUCUACCACCCACGAGUCUAUCUAAGAGUCUCUUAAAUGUCCCUAAUGCCUCCAUCACCACCCCUAGCAAUGCGUUCCUUGUAAAGAACAAUUUCCGUAUACUGUACUUUCCUCCAAUCACAUUGAAAUUUUUCCCACUCAUAUUAGCCAUUUCAGCUGGGGGAGUCUCUGUCUGUCCACUUGAUUUCUUCCUCUGUCAAGUCAUCGGAGGUGAACAGAUUUCAGACGACUGGGGAUGAUGAGAACAAGAGGUAGAAGAAUUUAAAAGCAAGAAUGAGAAUUUUAAAUGGUUUAGACCAUAAGACAUAGGAGUAGAGUUAGGCAAUUUGGCCCAUCAAGUCUGUUCCACCAUUUAAUCAUGGCUGAUCCUUUUCUUUCCCCCCUUCUCAGUCCCACUCGCCAGUUUAGGAAAAUCAACGGGCAGCUCUGCUUCUUGGAGUUCAGUCUGGGUUCAUUUUAAGCUGAGGUUUGGUGUCCAGGCUGUAGGUGAUGUUGUGAAGGCCCAGGCAGGAGCAAAGCCUUGGGACAUUCUCCCCUUCCCAUGACACUUCCUCCUUCCUGAUUAUAUUGCACAAUUGAACAUUCGCAUUUUCCUUCCGUUUAAUAAUUUACAAGCCCUCUAUUAGAAGCAAUUUCUUUUGCCUGAUGAAUAUUGAUGAGGAAGUUAAUAAGACCGGUUGCCAUGGUUACAGUCUACUGUCUGCGUAGGCCAAUUCCUUGCUGUAAUGUUUACAGGGGCAGCUUGUUGGCUUUUGUUCAGUGGAAGAAUUGCCUGUUAAUGUUUGUGGCAGCCAGUCAGUUGCUCCUGGUUCAUUUCCCAGCCCCUGCUAACCGGCCUUGAUGCCUGCUCCCAAUACACUGCCUUUAUUUAUGAGCAGACUGGGAGAAAAUGAGGAGGAGGCAGAUAAGAAUUUGAAAGAUCAGUGGGUGGGGAUUAAGGGAUGUGGAUUUCGAGGAGGCCUGGGGCAGAUCUGUCACACGUACCUUGAAAGGCCAGAAGGGCCAAGUGGCCUCCCCUACUCCUAGAACAGCACACACCAAUCGGCUGGAAGGACUCAGCCGGUCGAGCAGCGUCUGUGGAAGGAAUGUCCGUUGGCCUGGCCGUCAGUUCCAGAUAGCAGUCACUCGCUGGGACAAAGAAAAACUUACCCCUCAAUUCCCCUUCAGAGUUCCUUCAUCUCACCGGAAAUCCAAAUCCUUUUAUUUCAGUACCCCUAGCAUAGGGAAACGUCUCUGACUAUCCAUCUAAUCUAAAGAUUAAGAUUAGCUGUAUUUGGUACAGUGAAGUGAACCGUUUCCAUCAACAGCCAACACAGUCCGAGGAUGUGCUAGGAGACGGCCCACAUGUGGCCAUGCUUCUAACAUAGUAUGCCCAUAAUUUAUCCCAACCUGGGCAAACGUGGGAGGAAACCAGACCACCCGGAGGAAACCUACACAGUCAUGUGGGCUCCUUUGAGGUAGCGGCGGGAAUUGAACUUGGGAGGCUGGCACUGUAAAGUGUUCUGCUAACCACUACACUGCCUGACAUCUUGUGUCAGAUCACCCCUCAGCUUCCUGGGCUCUGGGAAAGACGAGCCCAGCCUCAUUCAAUCUCUUCACGACUGUUUCCUAUUGCCUUCUUCUGGGCAGUGUCCUUACAAGACGGAUGACCCCAGCCAUUAUCAAUACUCUUCAGAGAUUGUCUGCCUGGUGUCAGUGGUCGCAUAACCAGGACUUGUGAUGUGCACCAGCUGCUCAUACGACCAUCCACCACCUGCUUCCAUGGCUUCACGAUCGGGCGGCUAAGCAGGUGUUGCACCUUGCCCAGGGUGACCUGCAGGCUAGCAGAGGGAAGGAGCGUCUUAAACUUCCAUUGGUAGAGACACAUUUCCACCCCAGACUAAUUCAAUGCACCUUCACUUCAUAACCAAGCUCUAGUAGAACUCUGGCUGCUUCCAAUAAUUUCAUACCUCCCCUGAUAGCGCCCCCUACCUGUUGCUGAUGCCACACAAACUUCUUAAAUAAUUAUAACCACUUAUAGUUUAUAAAUCCAUAUUACUGUUUUUUUUAAAGUACAAGUAAUAUAUUGCUUUAAAUUAAUUUUUUUUUAAAAGACCUACCUUUACUAAAGUCACACAUGAUCAGCCACUGAAAGGUGGCAUCUGGGUGUAGUUCUAAAGUGAAGGCAGCCAGCGGCCUGCAUUGUUCCGGGGUUUGGCACAGAGGCGUACAUUGGGGGGGGUGGGGGCAGCUGGACUGAGGGGGAGAGGGUUGUAAAAGUUCAGGCGCUGGGGAGAGGAUUCCAGAGGUUGAGAUGCAGGUUACCUAGGGGUGGCCAGGUGACCUGCCCAGAGAAAGGCCAUUAAGGUACAGGAGCAGAGUUAGGCCUCUCAGCCUGUCGAGUCUGCCAUUCUGUCUUAGCCUCGGGGGGCUUUUCCCUCUGCCCUCUGUGUCCCCGUCAGCAGGCAGUUCACAAAGUGCUGCUGCUCGCAUGGAUGUUCUGCACAGCUGUUUUGUCCUUCUGUAUCAUCCUACCACCCCUCUCCCCCCCUCCUCGCCGCCCUUCCGGCCAACCAUGUCCCUCUCUACCCUCCCAAUCAACCGUGACCGUCCCCCCUCAGCACCGGGAGGGACAAUGUGAGCCAGAUCCUCCCUCCCAUCCCGCCUAGGUAGCGCUGACCCAUCUAGGAAGUGCCCCGAUCCGUCCUCAGUGCUGUGAGGGGUGGCGUUACUCCUGUCCUGGCAGAACGCGUAGUUCCCACUGGCGAAGUGGGACACAGCAGGACAGGGCAUACCAGGCGCGGCGUGGGGAGCAUCUUACCCGUGGGACUGACGUGGAAGCGCAGAACCCAUUUGCCAUCCGAUAUUCCAGCCCUGGAGAAGAGGACAUGUAUGUUGGGGGGGAGGAGGCAGCGGAGGAGAGAGAACAGAGGAGGCCAGUUCAAUGUGACACCACCCUGUUUUCAAAAAAAAACACAAAACUAUUCCUAGUUCGAUUCCGGCCAUUGGCGGCGUUGAGAGUCCGUCCAGAGGAGAGGAUUCUCUAGAGGUCCAGUCAAGGGAUACCCCGGUUUCCCAUGCCUUAUGUCUUAAUAUUACCUGGCGGAGAUAAGGGAGCUUUUGGUAAGCCAGGAUCUCAGACCCACCUGUGUUACGUUUCCAUGCAUGGGGAAAUAUUGCAUUGUGGGGUUUUAAAUUAAUGCCAAAUUCUUAUUUUAUAUGUAUUAAUAUAUAUUUGAAAUAGUUAUUGUUUAUUAAGCUCAAAGUAAUAGCAAUCAUCAUCAGAACCAGGAGGUGAGUUCAUGGCAGGAGUUCAAUCUUUGAAGAUAGUCUCAUCUUUUGGGAAAUUGUCUGGUUCACCAAGAAAUGCUCUGACCUCUAUACACUACCAGGGUUUACAAUUAGGGCCGGGACCAAUCACCCAUCGUGUCUGCCUGCCAGUGCUUCACCCUCUUACAGACAGGAUGGUGGGACCAAAACUCCUCGCUCCAUCCCCAAAUCAUUUACCUUGUUUUGACUUGUCUCCUGUCCUUCUCCAAGCAAUUGGGUGGCAUUUGUGUCAGUGUCCCUGGGCUGGGCUGUUUCUCAUUGAGUUAAUAGAAACA